AUAAUAAUAAUAGCUCAAAUAGCUAUAGUAAGUAGGUACUUUGACACUGUCAACACUAGAUAACUAUUAUUUUUGUAUUGUUACUUAUAUAAUCAAAUGAAAACAACAACAAUCGGACAUAAAAAUAGUUCGCAUAAAACUGGCAUACAACACCUUAGUUCGUUUAGUUCAGUCUGAGAUCCAAAUGCAACAAUGAGAUGAUUGCUGUCUCCCGGACACAAUGAUUUAAUAAUCAAUAGGUUAUAUUAUAUUAUCCUUACGUCAUACAUAAGUCUUUUGGUGUUGAAAUUAAUUUAUAGUUAAGUUAUCUUUAUACCUAUGUUUUAUUGAUUAUUCGUACUACCCACAUUCAAUCGCCAACGGGUUAGGGAAUAUUGUAUUUUUGGUUUUCACCGUACAUGAAGAUUCCGUUAUUGAAACAGUCGAAAUCGCAAUGGCAGCGUCCAGCUUCAAACAUGUCACCGGAGUCUGGGGACAGGAGUGUUCCAGUUCCGGAACCGCGGACCGAGAUUCGAGAAUUGUCAAACAACUUGAGUUCUAUUUUAGCGAUACCAAUUUGCCGUAUGACAAGUUCCUUCAGGCUCAGAUCAAGCAUGAUAACGGCUGGGUGCCGAUCAGCGUACUGUUAACGUUCAAAAUGUUGAAGUCCAUCACCAGAAACUCGGACGUGAUCGCAUCAGCCGUCAAGAACGCUGAUGAUAGUAUCGUGGAAGUCGACAAAACGGACAAAAAAAUCAGACGUAAACCGAAAAUCGUCGCACCAGUCCCUGAACGCAGUUUGUUCAAGAAAAUCGUCGAUCGGUCAAUUUAUUGCAGCGGUUUCCCGAAGACGGCUACCGUGGACGAACUUUUGGAAUUCGCCAAGACCUUUGGCGACAACGUCAUUACGAAAACGACUUUUAUGAGAUUCAAGUCUAAAGCUUUUAAUGGUUCCCUUUAUUUUACGUUCAGCUCUAAAGACGAGGCGGAAAAGUUUUUAGAAAAAAAAUCUGUCGAAUAUAAUGGUGUUGAAAUAGAGCGUAUGUGGGAGAGUGACUUUUUAGGAAAUUACAAAGCCAAUAGCCCAUUUAAUUAUGAAUAAUAUUUAUAAUAAUGUUCCGAUAUACAUAAUAUUACACCAGCUAGUUGAUCGGGAGUUCGCGACACACAGUUUAAGAAACGUUGCCAUACACACUACACAUUAUAUACAUUAAAUUAUUAGAAAGGUUAAUUAAGUUUAUUUGUUACUAUAGUUUAAUUUUUUUUAAAUACUUAUUUGAUUAAUGUUUAACACUAACAACAAAAACAGCCUAUACUCUAUAGACGGUCAGUUUUUUUAAAACUGUAGUUAUGUCAU